ACCAUAUUUUCAUUUGAAAAUGGUAAUUUGUAAUCAAACAUUGCAUCACGCGAGGAAUACAAUGAAGUUGAAAUUGUCAUUUUCCGUGAUUAUUUUGUUCUCAACGAUAUUUCUGGGCCUCAGCUUGGAUUGUAAUAAGAUAACUGAGGAUACAACAACAUGCUCUACACCUGCAGCCACUACUACUACACGUGUAAAUUUCUUUCGCUAUGCUCUCAAUCUGGUGAGUCGCGAUGAUUGUUUGUCUUUACCGAAUGGUGUAUUCCUCACAGAUAGCCGUCACUGUGGCCGUUACUACAUUUGUCAAAAUGGACGUGUAACAUCGCAACGAUGUCCCAUUUCACAAUGGUUUGAUCGUGAAAACUUAAUCUGUCGUAAUCGUAAUUUGGUUACAAAUUGCCCUGUGAAUCGUACUUGAAUUUGAAAAUAAAAAAA